AUGGAUCGUUCUCUUUCUCGGGAGUUUAGCAACAAGAAUGAAUUUGCAAAGUGGGUGGUCGAUGAUGCCUUUACCAACAAAGUGGUGCUCUUACAUUGCGAUGCCAGCUCAUAUCGAGAAGAACUACUUAAGUUUGCCGGCCGAUGGCCAACUAGUCAUUUAAAGAAGCUCGAUGACAAAUACAAGAACAACAUGGCUUGUCAGCAUCCAACGGAUGAUUUACUUGAGCGAAUCUCAACUCUGCGAACACAACUCGCAUCAAUCACCAAUGCUUUAUUCUCGGUCAACGCUCAAACGAAAUCAGGCAAGCGAUAUAGUGCUGUUUUAACUCUCCAAGCAUUCGUUGACGAGCUGCAAGAGAAUGAGAGAUUAUGGGCUAAUCUUGACUCCUCCACCAAAUUCGUCUUGGCACUUCCGCUGCGCAAAAAGCCCGAGAUGCGGCAGCUUCUACACGUAGUGGGGAAGGAUGUAAAAACAAUCUGGGGCGACGCCGUUCAGCGGGUAUUAAUGAUCAUGCAAAGGGAGCUGAAAGACGCAGAGAUGGUAGAGGGGUCAUCUGCAUUACAAAAGUCGUACGCGCUAGCUCGUGACCACGUUAUUUCUCAGGAAUUUCGAGCUCUAUUGAAGAAGUGGAGUUGCCAGAAAUCGGCGCGUCGUCAUACGCUCACUCCAGUGAACCGGAAUGGCAGAGUUUACUGCCAGAUUGAAGAAUCUCUGUCAAAGCGAUCAAACGGGUUUAAGUCUACGCGGGACAGACCUGCGCUAGGUAGGCAUGCGACCGAAACGACCCACGAAUUAUACAGCACGGUAUAUCCAUUCAAUUUUGAUAGCACAGGACCCACAAAGACUGAAGAACUCGGCGCACGCUUCAACUGCUUAGGCGUUCGUGAUAAUCUGUCGCCGUCACCAACGCAGUCUGAAACUUGUCAUGGCACGUUUUCAUCCGGUGUAUUCGGAGCAAACAAGCUCGAGCUCCGACGGUACUUUGAUUACUCGCCAAGCGACAAGUGUUGA